GACUCCGCGGUGGAAAUGCGGAGAGCCAAAUCCAGUCCAGAGUCCACGAGGAGGAGAGCCGGCGGGGGAGGAGCCGCGCGUCCCGGCUAUAAAACCGCCCCGAGAAGCCCGGACACGAACAGCUUGUUUUUCUCACCCGGAGCGACUUCGGCGAAAACAAACAUGAGUCACGUCGACGUGAAAAAUCUCAAACCCACCAGCUUUGAGGACGAGUACUACGAUGAAUACGAGUAUUAUAACUUGACCGACAAAUAUGCAGAAGGCUCCGCUCGCAAAGGCAGGACAAAGAAGGAGGCCAGCGACAACACCAACAGACACAACCCCGCUGGGCAUGAGCGCAAGAUCGUGGACAAACUGCAGAACAGCGAGAAGCGAGCCAAAGAGUGACCACUGAGAGCAACUCGGACGGCUUAUCCCGGACACCGACCACGGCCUCCUUGGCGACAGAACGAGACGUGCAAGACGGCAGGAGCGUCUUUGAGCUCCGAUGGGCGAGGUUCUACCUGGGCGCGAAGAGGAGCCCGCAGAUCCAGAUGUUGCAGCUGCAGCGAGGAGGGUCUUCAUCGUCUUCCUCCUCCCUCCGACAGGCAGCAGACCGUGGCUCCUCGGCCCGUAGGUGUUGUAAAGCACUCACCUGUGGCGGAGUGCACCUGGUCCCUGGUUGGACCGUGAUGGUGCACUGUGAUUGUGGUGGUUGUAGUUGGAUGAUUUCUAUAUGUUGACAGGUUUUCAAUGGAUUUUUAAAGUGUUUUUACUAUUAAACUUUUUUUUUUUCACUUUUGGAUCAUGUAGGUAAAAUUCUUGAACGGCUGCUUGUUUUAGCAGUGAAAUAUAAAAAGAAUUGUCUUACUAAAUGUCUCCUGUCAGAGCGGUGGUCCUCGAUAUUUUGGACUUGCUGCCCCCCCCCACCCCGAGCUGAAUAAAAUGCAAUAAAAGAAUAGUGCUGUCA